AUGGCCGCCAGCUCGCGGUCGAGACGCCUCGCUCCCGGCUCUGCCGCCGCCAGUGCCGCUCAGGUCGAGGCGCUCUGCGAUCGCAUCCAGCGGCUAGAGGAGGAGGCCUCGGCGUGGCGAGCGGAGGAGGAUGCGCUCAAGGACGUCAACGUGCAGUUGAUGGAGCGACUAACAGAGUUCCAGGCGGUCAACGAGUCCAACGUGCGCCACGCGGAGGCGGCGCUGUCGCGGCUGGGUGGCGAGCUGGCCGAGCUGCGGCAGCGCCACGCCGACGCGCUGUCGACGGUGCAGCGGCAGGCGAGAUUGUUGGAGCGAGAACUGGUCGCCGAGGAGGAGGGCGAGCGUGGGUGCAGCUCCGGCGUGGCGAAGGGAAAGGCGGGGAUGGCGGCGGUGGCGGAUGUGGCUAUCUGGCAGCGGUGCGACCUGUAG